GAAGCAAUAGCAAAAAUGGAACAAGCAGCAGAUGAAUUUACUAAUAAAAAUUCUUUCAAAAAAGUUGGUAUUCAAAAAAUUCCAAGAGAUAUAUUAUUAUUGAAACCAUCACACUCUUUAACACGUUUACAAGGUCAAAAAUUUAGCCUUGGUGACCGUGUUAUAUUUAAAAAUUUAAGAUACUCUAAUGAUGCACCAAAUGGCGCCAUAUGA